AUGGUCCGCGGGGCGGCGCCCGGCGAAAUGUACAAGACGGUCAACUCGGUCUACAUGGACGACCCCGCCGCGGACGUCGACUUCUUCUCCCUCGCCGGCGACGACGACGAGGAGGAGGGUGAGCUGCUGGACGACGUCGACAGCUUCUCGACCACCACCGCGUCCGAGGAGUGGUCGGAGGCCGUGAUCCGCAGCCUGGGGCGGACGUCCACCGACCGCUUCUUCUUCGACCCGGGCCCGCUGCCGGCUUCCAACUCCAUCCUCGCGACGGCCGCCCCGUCGCCGUCGAGGAAGGCGCCCCCGGCGGCGGAGGCGAAGACGAAGACGGUGACGCUACCCGACCCAGAGCCAGAGGACGACGGCGACGACGCGAAGACGCGGCAGCCGUCCGCGCCGUCGAAAUCGCUAGCGGAGGGGAGCGUGGCGGUGGCGGUGGACUCGGGCGACCCGUACGGGGACUUCCGCGCGUCCAUGGAGGAGAUGGUGUCCGUGCACGGGCUCCGCGACUGGGCGGCGCUGGAGGAGCUCCUGGCCUGGUACCUCCGGAUCAACGGCAAGCAGCACCACCACCUCAUCGUGGACGCCUUCGUGGACCUGCUCCUCGGCCUCGCGUCCUCCUCCCCCUCUGAUACCGCCGCCGAGACGAGCACAAGCACCAGCAGCAGCAGCAGCAGCAGCAGUGGCAGCGCGUCCGCCGGCAGCCGCUGCACCACCAGCACGAGCACGAGCACGAGCACAGCGGCCACUACCACCAGUGCCGCUGGCGACGCCGCUAUUGUUGCUGCUACAGCUGUGACGACCGCAGCAGCGGCGGCGGCGCAAUGCGGCGGAGGAAACGAAGCCGCCGCUUGUUGCUCCUCGUCGUCGUCCUCGUGCGCCGCCGGGCCCGACAUCCAGGACGACGUGGAGGAGGAGGAGAAGGCCAGUAGUGCUGCUCGAGCUCUUGCCGCGGCUAGUGCUCCCCUGCGUGUUCCGCAAUCGAUCGCCUAGCAAGCGAUUUCGAUUUCGAUGGCUUGCUGCCGGCUGCCGGUGCCGGUGCUGGUUAGUGUUUUGAUGAUUAACCAAGCAAAUUAACGACAAGAUGAUUAAUCGGGGUAGGUUUUCUUCUCGAGCUCGUUUUAUUUUAGUGGUAGUAGGAGAAGUGGUCGGUGGGACCGUGGGAAGGAUCCAAUGCAAAUGAUGCAAUGCGAUGUAUGGGAAGGUAAUACAUUAGUUGCAUGGGUAGAGAUCAGAUACGCAAGCUCAUUGCUGACAAUUCAAUGCAGCGAGAGCAGCUUAGCU